ACGUAUCCCAGUACAUAUAAGCAAAUUUGACAUUUCGUUUGCAGAUAGAUACGUUGGAUGCCAGUUCGUUGAAAUCGGUUUUUAACAAAAUCUGAAGAGUUGCCUAUUUAGCUAGCUAGCUACUGUGCGCAGCUUGUAGCCUAGCCAGGCUACUGACAGUGACCAGUGACAGGAGUGACAGCGAAACUCAACCUGAGAUCCCGCUGCACCGCGACAGAGCGACCCGUCGUGCGAGAUGUCAAGGCGCAGUGCAAGGUUGGUGCCCGGGCCGGAUGACGACGCAGCCAGCAACAGCUCCACUGGCUCCGCUGGCCAGAUCUCCUACAAGGAGAACCCAAUCAGAAUCUUUAAGAAGAAGACUGGAGCACGCAGGUCAGGGUCCUCACGUUCCUCGGUGGUUACCUCCAACGAAUUACAGGGCCAAUACACCGACGAGGAGCCCCUCGUGACAGAGGAUGAUUGGGAUCGUAGGAGCGUGUCCCAGAGGAGGACGCCCUCCUCGUUCAGGACCUCCAGCGUGGAGCCCGUCAGCUCUGCCAGAACCAGCACCACGCUGGUCAACAGCCAUGCAGACCACCAGGGCCACUCUUCUGGAUACUCCUCCUCCGAAGAAGGCUAUUCCCGCCAGGGCCUCAAAUCGGCCCAAUCGCCUGGAGAACCAGAGUUUGGGAUCAAGGAUGUCAUCCGCUCUCCGGCUCGUGUGAUGGCCAUACUGUUCUGGAGGCUGGGGACCGCCUGGUACACCCUCACCUCUGGACUCUCCCUGCUGGACGUCUUUAUGCUCAGCAGACGGCCUGCAGCCAUAAAGAAGGCAAUCCUGCUUCUCCUCCUCUUCAUCCUCUUGGCUUUUGCUCUGUGCUACUGGUACCCCUAUAUUUCCAGCCUGUUCACCCAGAGAAGUGCAAGACCUGCCUCCGUCACCUCUGUGCAUGGCUUCGGUGUCCCGCAGGACACAGCGGCGUCUCCCAGCUUAUCGGCCCUCCAGGAGGAGAUCAGCGCCCAUUUCAUGGAGAGAGAGGCCCGGUGGAUGGAGGAGAGGGAGAGGGCGAUCCAGAAGGAGGAGAGAUGGAGGGAGGAGAGAGAGAGAGAACAGCAGAGCUUGAUGAGAGAAAUUUCCCAGCUGAAGCAGGAUGGAGAGAAGCUUAAGCUCUUGUCUGAGACACUGAAGACUGAAAUAACAGACAUGAAGUUAGCAAUGAAGAGUGGUGAGACUGAGCACCGCAGCUGGAUUGGACAGGAAACAGCAGGGCUGGACAGACAGAUUUCGGAGCUUAGAGCUGAUGUCAGUUCCCUCCAUACUGCAACGGAUUUACUGAAACAGCAAGUGGAGUCCCAGGAGACAAGGAAUGCUAAGCUGAAGGCUGAGCUGUCAGACUGGCUGGUGGAGUAUCUCUCCUCGGGAGCGCACAGUGCGGACUUUGUGUUGAGGCCUGACCUGCAGGGGGCGCUGGAGAGCCUGGAGAAGAAACUCCUGGACCGGCUGGUGGAGGAGAGGGAGAAGGACAGGGGAGAUGUGUGGAGGAGCGUAGGAGAGACGCUGCAAGGAGAGGGGGUGGGGGCCGUCACUGUGCAGGACGUCCAUCAGAUUGUGAACAGGGCUCUGAGUCUGUACAGAGCGGAUGGAAUCGGCAUGGUGGACUAUGCUCUGGAGUCCUCAGGUGCCAGUGUGGUCAACACUCGUUGUUCAGAGACCUACCGGACCAGAUCAGCCUGCCUCAGCCUGUUUGGGAUUCCGCUGUGGUACCACUCUGAGAGUCCCCGCACAGUCAUACAGCCUGAGGUGUACCCAGGAAAGUGCUGGGCGUUUCGGGGUGGAGAGGGCUUUGUCGUGAUUUCCCUGUCCUACCCUGUCCGCAUCACCCACGUGACCCUCGAGCACCUGCCCAAAACUCUGUCCCCCACCGGCCGCAUCGAUAGCGCCCCUCGAGACUUUGCUGUCUAUGGAAUGUCCAAUGAAAGUGAGGAAGGGACUUUUCUGGGAUCUUUUACAUACGACCAGGACGGAGAGCCUGUUCAGACCUUUAAGCUGCCGGACUCAGCGGAUGGGGUGUACAGGAUGGUGGAGCUGAGAAUCCUCAGUAACUGGGGCCACCUGGAGUACACCUGUGUGUAUCGAUUCAGAGUGCACGGCCAGCCCGUGACAGGAUGAGGGUGACACACAAGCCCCAGAGAGAGAAAUUGAGGCUUCAUUUACAGGCAAUUAUUCCUAUGCAAAAUAUCUUUUAAAAAGCCUUUACAAGGAAGGUAUGAAGUCAAUUUGGAAAUAGUAUAGUAAGAACUCAGAGAAAGGGUAAAAGGAUACAUGGUCCCACUUUACAUUUACACUGUACCAGUAUAAACUGAACACUGUAUCAACACAACACAAUUGUUAUUACGCAAGCUACAAAGCUUUAUUGAUUGUAAGUACUAUGUAAUUAAGUGCACGUAUGCAAUAAUUUGAUCAAAUGGAGGUACGGUGUAAAUGCACAAGUGUUAGGGCCACAGUGUAAAGUGGGAACAGAUAAAUACCUGUGCAAGAUUUCAAGGACUCUCUCUCUCGGUUUGUCAGUUUCUCUUGGGCUAUGAUCUGUACUGGCUGUGGCACAGCACUAAUAAUUGUUGUUCAAGAUUGAGUACUAACAAUUACAUAUGUGCACGCACUUGUACACAGGAACACAUAUACACACAUGCACACGCAAAGA